CGCGCUCGUACUGGAGAGAAGAGCGGCCUCCGGAAGGAGGGGAAGGGACGUGGGGGCGGCCACGGCAGCAAACUUUUAAGAACUCUGAACAGAGGCCAGUAAUUUUGGAGACAGCACCUCGGUCUGAAAGUGACAGAUGUCUCUGUCGUUGCUGAGUAUGGGCCAGGUUGUGAGGUUUGUAAACCGGGGAUGAGGAACUGAGCAGGGCCGGAGUGUCCCAUUUUUCCUUUUCUCGUUUUCAUGGGGAGUUACAAGUUAGACAUUUAUGCUGCUGCUUUGUCUCCACCUACAAUGGUUCAGCUCCUUUUGGCACAAAGAUUCAACAAACUGAGGAGUAACUUAAUAGCUGUGUCCAGAUUCCAAAAGCUUCUAUACGAAGAUCAUGAGAAGAGAUGGCCCAGAUGUCAGGGUUAACCUCCAUUUCAGCUAAUCAUGGGAGAGAUUAAAGUCUCUCCUGAUUAUAACUGGUUUAGAGGUUCAGUUCCCCUUAAAAAGAUUAUCGUAGAUGAUGAUGACAGUAAGAUAUGGUCGCUCUAUGACGCGGGUCCCCGAAGUAUCAGGUGUCCUCUCAUAUUCCUGCCUCCUGUCAGUGGGACUGCAGAUGUCUUUUUCCGGCAGAUUUUGGCUCUGACUGGAUGGGGUUACCGGGUUAUCGCUUUGCAGUAUCCAGUUUAUUGGGACCAUCUCGAAUUCUGUGAUGGAUUCAGAAAACUUUUAGACCAUUUACAAUUGGAUAAAGUUCAUCUUUUUGGCGCUUCUUUGGGAGGCUUUUUGGCCCAGAAAUUUGCUGAAUACACUCACAAAUCUCCAAGAGUCCAUUCCCUCAUCCUCUGCAAUUCCUUCAGUGACACCUCUAUCUUCAACCAAACUUGGACUGCAAAUAGCUUUUGGCUGAUGCCAGCAUUUAUGCUCAAAAAGAUAGUUCUUGGAAACUUUUCAUCUGGCCCAGUGGACCCUAUGAUGGCUGAUGCCAUUGAUUUCAUGGUAGACAGGCUAGAAAGUUUGGGUCAGAGUGAACUGGCUUCAAGACUUACCUUGAAUUGUCAAAAUUCUUAUGUGGAACCCCAUAAAAUUCGGGACAUCCCUGUAACCAUUAUGGACGUGUUUGAUCAGAGUGCACUUUCAACUGAAGCUAAAGAAGAAAUGUACAAGCUGUAUCCUAAUGCCCGAAGAGCUCACCUUAAAACAGGAGGCAAUUUCCCAUACCUGUGCAGAAGUGCGGAGGUGAAUCUUUAUGUACAGAUACAUUUGCUGCAAUUCCAUGGAACCAAAUAUGCGGCCAUUGACCCAUCAAUGGUCAGUGCCGAGGAGCUUGAGGUGCAGAAAAGCAGCCUCGGCAUCAGCCAGGAGGAACAAUAGUUGUGUUUCUUGCUGUCAAUGAUGAGUUGACCCGGUGUGUUCUCAUACAGUCCGUGGCAUCAGCGUCCACCAGCUGGCCUUUUCCUUCAGGUUCGUCAGGCUCACCGGUUCUCACUGUGUCUGGGAAGUAGGACUAAUGGUCAUAUUCAUGACAGGUGGCAGCUCCACUAAGCCCAUGUAACUGUUCCCUCUUCGGUUUUCUUAGCUUUUGAAUUUGAAGAAGUACUUUUGAAGACUCCUGUUUUAAGAACUGUGCAAAUUUUGCUACCAAAAGUCUUCAUCACUGUGUUCUUAAGUGAAUGUUAACUUCUGAGGUUUGGGACUUUGUGGGACGUUUUCUUCUUUUCUUUUCCUUUCUUCUUUCUUUCUUUUCUUUUCUUUCUUUUUUUUUUUUUUUAAAUGUUUGCUGCCAAUGCUGCAUCCAGGUUGCAUAUCAGUUCAUUGAGUAUGUUAUGCUUUCUUGGAUAUAACGUUAUCAGCGUGCCAUGGCUAUCACCCCACUGUUUGCUCUCCUGCAAAUCAAGUGCUUUUAAUUUACACUUAAGCAAAUUGUUUUGAGUGUUAGCUACUGUCUUUCUAGAUAUUACAGUCAUUUGGAAUAAAAAUUCAAUUUCA